AGUCCACAACCAGCACACAACUCUGAACUAAAAUGGCAGACGCUAAUCGGGCACAUGGAGGAGGAGGAGGAGGAGAAGAAGAGAGGGCUAAGGAUAGAACGAAAAGCCUGCUUAAGAAGAAGAGAGUGUGUGUGUGUGUGUGUGUAGGAUGGGGGUUGCCAUGGAGAGGCCAAGAUGGUGGUGAGACGAGUGAUCUUCUUCUGCACGUCUGACCUGCACAAGCACAGGCUGAGUUUUUUCUCCUGGACAUAAUAACACCUCACACAAACAGGAAACAUUCAUUCAUUCAUUUGGAACAAGUGUAUUUAGGAUGAUGAUCUGUGUGUUUUAAGUGUUUCAGUGAAGACGAACACACGCACACACACACAGAGGAUUGUAGGAUUGUAAUUACAGACAGUGGUGUCUGUCUGUCUGUCUGUCUGCCUGUCUGUCUGACAGCAGGUUCCUGUCACGAGGACCCUAACACAAGAAUAAACUUGACUCAUGAGGAAAUUGGAAGCAUAAUUAAACAUAUUUGAUGUGUUUUAAAACACACAACAAACCUUCAUCUGUCGUUAAGAUUUCACCGAUUGUGACUUUAAAAUAUUUGAGACACUUAACAAAAGGCUCAGUUUAAGUCUACAAUGUCUUAAGAACACGUUCACGUCUUUAUCUCACUGUGAGACAGACGUUUGUAAACCACUCACUCUCCCACACCAAAGUCUACACAGAAAACACACACUCUGACACACACACACACACACAGGAGUUGUUGAUCCACUGCUGCCUCCAUCACUAAGUUCAAAUGUCUUAUUUUGUUAAUUCGGCAUUUUGAUUAACUUCAUUGACACAAAGUGACCACACGGGGCAGCAGCUCCUGUGUGUGUGAUGUUAAAAUCAUUAGUUUUCUCUGUGGGCUUUGGUGUGGGAGAGUGAGUGGUUUACAAACGUCUGUCUCACAGUCCAAAUUCAGAAACACUCUGUGUGUGUGUGUGUGUCUGUGUGUCACCUUUCAGAAUAGAGUUCAGACUUAUGUAACUCAUCAAUCAUCUGCUUCACAGCAUUACAAUGAGACAAGGGAGGAGGAGAAGGAGCAGGAGGAGGAGGAGGAGGACCUCAGAGGACCAGAGGAAGACAGGAAGUCAGGGAUGAGUGCUUCCUGUGCUGACAGGACGUCAGCCAGGAAGUUUAGCCUGAAAUGUGUCGCGGCUAAUAAGAAUUCCUUGUGGACAGACAGAGGUUUGUUGACAUGACACAUCAUCAUCAUCAUCAUCAGCAGCAGCAUCAUCAGCAUCAUCAUCAGCAGCAUCAGCAGCAGCAGCAGCAGCAGCAUCAUCAGCAGCAGCAUCGAGCAGGAACUGAGCUCUUACAUGAAAAAGUCAAAAUCUUACACUAAUACAAACUAAAUAAUCAUGUUUUCCUCCUCUUUUCUUCCAUAAAUACAUGAAAAACUGUAGAAAAUAGUCGUAAGAUGCCACUUUGUUGACGUCUGUGCACAUAAACAUGUUUCCUGUGUGCGUUUGGAGAUAAAUCAAAUCAAAAAUAAGUCACAACGUAGAUCAGAAGCAGGAAGAAGAAACAUUUCAACACACGAGGAGAAAAACCAAACAGUCUCACCAACGAUGAUCAAUAUGUUCCCAUCAGAGCCGCGUCCUCCUCCUCCUCCUCCUCUUCCUCCUCCUCCUCCUCCUCCUCUGCUGUGCUUCAGUUUCCACCAGUGAUGAAGAGUCAGACAUGCAGCAGUGCUCACACACAGGAAGUAGAGGAGGCAGACUUUCAAAGUAAUCUGCCAAACAAUAAUGACAUGGAGAAGAAGAAGAAGAAGACCAAGAAGAGGAAGACGAAGAAGAAGAAGAAGAAGAAGAAGAAGAGGAGAAGAGGAGGAGGAGGAUUCAUGAGUAAGAGGAUUAGACUAAACCAUCUGUUCACCUGACACUUAGCAACAAUAACAUUGUGUCUGAGAAGAGUAUUAAAGGGACAGUCCAGGUUUUCUAAAGUGUGGCUGUAUGAGGUUGUGACGUGUGGUCAGCACAGACUUCAAUAAGCACAGUUUUCCCCAGAGAAACCAGGGAUUUUAACAUCACAGCAGUGACAAAACACACAGGAGCUGCUGAUCCACAAAGUGACCACACGAGGCAGCAGUUGACCAGCAGCUCCUGUGUGUUUUGUCACUGCUGUGACGUUAAAAUCACUCAUUUUCUCCGUGGGGUUUGGUGGGAGUUUAGACACUUUCGUUUCUCUAACUCAAUGAAUGAUUAGUUUUUACAUUGAUAUAAUAUAUAAUAUUUAAAAAUGUUCCUUUUGAAUUCAGUUCUUUUUCAGUCCUAAAGGGGGUAAAUGUGUCAAAUCCAAACUAUAAAUAUGACAACGCUGAAAAUUAAAUAAUGAAGAUCAAAGGAAAAUGAUUAUAUCAAUUGAAAGGCCUUUGUUUUUAAAAAAGAGGUCACAUUUAGUUUUAAAUGUCACUUUAAAGUCUUGACUUUUGCUCCUGAACGUUCCACCAUCCCUCGUGUGACGUCAUCGCGUUUCCAGCGGCGUCCCCGUCUCCCGUGGCAACCGUCAAGCGUCGCCCAUAACAUGAAGAAUGGAUUCUCUCGUACACGAGGUGACGCAGAUCGUAAAAUUGCAGAGAGAAUCCGCUCUGCAGAGACUCAGCUCCUUGUUCUCGUGGCCUGAGUUCACUGAUGAACGACGCGUCUUCCACCAGGAGUUUGUCUACGACGUCUCCGUGUUCGCUGCAGGUCGCGGCCUCUCGUGGCCUGACGUCGCCCGGACUGCUGUGACGGCCAGAAACAUCUUCCCUCAGCUGGACGGUGUGGACGCUCACAGACUCCUGUCCCUGCUGAGAGACGCUCUGCAAGAGUGUUUGCCAAACCUGACCCCCGUGCACCGACAUGAGGUCACUCAGUUCCUCACAGAGACCUGCGUCACGCGCCGGAGGCUCCUGCAGGCCGUGGUGGGCGGAGCUGCAAACGUCACCGCCACUCAGCUUCACCUGGAGGUGCAGCUGCCGCCCACACCUCAACCUCUCACACAGGGAGCAGAAGUCCAUGAGCUGGAGCAUCGUCUGCAGCAGAACAAGCUCUCCUCAACUCUCCAGAAGAAGAAGGAUGAGCUCAGGAGGCUACGAGAAGGUCCACGGGUCACUGUGGAGGACAUUCCUGAGGAUGUCCUCAUGGACAAAGAGGUGGCUGUGACGCUGGUACGAGCAGCAGUGAAGGCCACAGAGGAGCAGAUCCUGCGCAGUCUCAACCAUGAGGCGUCUCUGCUCACUGACAUCCUGCAGCUCAGACUGCAGCAGGCCGCUCUGACCACCAGGAGGCGCCACACUACACACGUUUCCAUUACAGCCUCACAUCCAGAGACUGCAGCAGUGAAGGCCAAAACACACACACCAAAAGCUAAAGCAGGAAAACAUGACAAAACAUGACAAAACACAUUUUUAUACUCAACCAGACUCACAAACACUGCCUCAUACAUACUCUUACAUUUAAAAUGAUUGUCUUAUUGUGAAGUGGAGGAGUUAAGUACUGGUUUGUGAUAAUUAAAGCGACAACACAUGAAUGAGUCAUGAAAGCUGCUUUUUACUUGAGGAUUUAUUUGAAACCAUGUCCUGAAAUCCUUUCGACUCAACAGAAAUAGCUGCAGACAACACUUUUAUAAACAACUGUAGUCUGAUUAGUAGAGCUCCUUAAAAGUACUGUAUCAUAACGUUUAGGAUUAUUUUGAAUCACCCUGGUGUAUGCAACAUUUAACUUGAUGUUAAUAAAUGUCAUUUUCAGCGAAUACAAUUUAUUCUGGGUAUAUUUGUGCUGAAAAACACUCUUGCCAACCAUAUCUUUUGUUUUCACAUUAUGUAAAUAAGUAUAGAGGUAAAAAUGUAGUACAAUAACAUAAACUGGUCAUGAAUUA